AUGGCUCUUUCUUCUAGAAGACUGCAUGGGCUGGAAAGACCACCCACUUCUGAUACCAACUCAGCUGCCAGCAAAAGCAGGUGCUCUCCCCCUACCAGUGCUCCAGAGGAAAUAUUUAGGAAUGGAAAACCUGAUGUUUGUCUACUGCUCCUGUAAAGUUAUCUGGACCUUACUUAUAACAAUGCUAGGUUAUGCCAGCAGCUUGCCUGUGGGUGAUGAUUCUAUUUGCACAGCAGAGGAACUUGCUAAGUACAGCAUAAUCUUCACAGGGAAAUGGAGUCAGACUGCUUUCCCUAAGCAGUAUCCACUUUAUAGGCCCCCAGCACAGUGGUCAUCAAUGCUGGGUGUUACUCAUAGUUCUGACUACAGCAUGUGGAAAAAAAAUGAAUAUGCCAGCAAUGGUGUACGUGACUUUGCUGAAAAGGGUGAAGCAUGGGUAUUAAUGAAAGAAAUAGAAGAAGCUGGAGAGAAAAUUCAGAGUGUACAUGGAAUCUUCUCUGCCCCUGCCAUUUCCAGUGGUACAGGACAAACCUCCACUGACUUAGAAGUGCAUUCAAGACAUCCCUUAGUUUCAUUUGUUGUACGAAUUGUUCCAAGCCCUGACUGGUUUGUGGGUAUUGACAGCCUCAAUCUCUGCGAAGGAGACCACUGGAUGGAAGAAGUAUCAGUAGAUCUAUUUCCAUAUGAUGCUGGAACUGAUAGUGGUUUCACAUUUUCCUCCCCAAACUUUGCCACUAUUCCACAGGACACAGUUACAGAGAUUACUUGUUCCUCUCCAAGUCAUCCAGCAAACUCAUUUUAUUAUCCCAAACUCAAAAUUUUGCCACCUAUUGCUCAAGUGACAAUGGUGAAGUUAAAGAAAAACCAGCUGGGUCUUCCUGCACCUUAUCUUAAUCUUCCAGCUAAAAGCAAUGAAAUAAUAGACUCUGUCUCAGAAACACCACUGGACUGUGAGGUUUCACAAUGGUCUUCCUGGGGUCUUUGUAGAGGUGUUUGCAGAAAAACAGGGACCAAGAUCAGAACUCGUUUUGUACUUCUUCAGCCUGCCAAUAAUGGAAUGCCUUGCCCAAAUCUGGAUGAAGAAACAGGAUGUGAACCAGAGAAUUGUGUCUGAAAUAAAGAAAAUAUAACAAUUUAGAGAAUUUAAAAGUAGGAUUUGUUUAACUAAAUCUGAACUACAUGUCAGUCAAUGUUCCUUAGAAUUCGGGUAUGCUGCACUAUUUUGCUGAGAAGGUAUAUUAGGCUGGUUUUGAAUGUUGUUUAAUAUCAAGAUUUUGGGGGGGUUAAAUUCCUAAGGUUUAGUAUGACAACAGUACUUGAUCAUUUACAGGCCAAAAAACCCCAAAUAAAUCCUUGCUAUAAAUAUACUGUAAAUUCUUGGAGUACCCUCUAGUGGCAGAAAAGAAAACAUUUGGAAAGAUUAUACUUCACACAUGUAGAAAUCUUUCAACUACGAAAUCUAAACUAAUAACGUUCUUAGAUACUGUAAUUUGUUGAUCUACAUCUAUUUAUACCUAGAAAUUAAUUUUUUCUCUAAAUUAUGUUUUAAUAAUUUAUUGGCAUUUUUGUCAUCUUUCUAAAUAUGUUUAACAUGCAUUUCUUCAUAAACUACUUAUAUAAAUCAGAGUGACCAGAUAUUUGCAGUGUGGUUAAGACAAUAGUAUAACUGAGUAAACUUGUCUUGAGACUUAUGAAUACAUGAAAAUGUCUUUUUCUUUUCUUCUCAGAAGUGAGAAGAAUAUCUGUCAUGAGGACACUCAGCCAACAAAUUUACUAGAAAAAAUCAGAAGUGUGGACGUUAGCAGAAAACUUCUGAAUUUAAUUAAAACUGUUAGCUGAGAUUUAAAAACUGACUGUUAGUGUGUGUCCAUCUUGAGACAACCAUCUCGAAGUUAACACUGUUGACCAUAACAUAAAUUAUAUCAUUGUCUUUAUAUAUGCACUAAACAUGUCCAUGUUUCUUUAAAUAUCUUUGCUGCUAUUUGUGUCAUCCUAACCUUUUCACAGAGAAAACUUACUAAUGUUUUAAUAUUAUCUAAAAUUGAGAUAUACACAGAUAUAACAAAACAGCAUGUCAUAAACUGUUCCUGACUGCAAGUUUUAAUGCUCAAAUAACUGUUACAAAACAAAAGUAAUAUAGGGCUUAUAAAGCGUUGUGGAUAUUAACUAGGAAAAUAAUUUUGGAGUAACACUGUUCAAUAGAAUAUUUUUACAGUCACCCCACAAAAAUUCUACAGCACACUGCAAUUUUACAAAUAUACAGCACAGAUAUUGAACAGGAGAGUUGAUUUGAGUAGGUUCUUUCUGCAGUAUGCCAAAUAUCAGAAAAUUUAUUAUGUACUUAAUGGAGCACAGUACAUUCUCUGUAGGGCUGAAACAUUUAAAAGGUUCUCUGUAUUUUUUUCCAGGAGAUAAAUCUUGCAAAGGCCCAAAGAAAUUUGAAACUUUAUCAGACUAGACUAAGUUGGUCCUGCAAAUGCUGAUAAAUGCAGUUAUUAGAGCUAAGUAUAGAAAUUUCUACAUCUUUCAUUCUUUGUAUUUCCACUGUUGCUUAUUUUUCAAAAUAGUUUCACUUUUUUUAUUAUAGUUAUUUUUCCAGGUUCCCCUGUUUCCAUUCUAUAAUGGAAAUAAUGUUAUUAUACUUAAUUUUCAUAUUUUGUGUUUAGUUAAUUUCUCUGCCUUUUCAAUAUUUUCUUUUUUAUUUUUAUAUUCACUUUUACUCAUUCUAUGUUCUCUUUUCUAUUAAACUUAUUUGCUAUAUAGUUACACAGUUAUCACCAUUUCAUAAAACUUAAGCUUAUAUUGAAGUAUAUAGUUAAGUAUUCUCUGAGGACAGGGACUAAUAUUAGAUUGAUUGGUCAACGAGUGAUAAACUCAAUAAAGGUCUUGGGCAGAAAUCAGAUGGAAGUAAAAAUUAUGACUUAGGGCAAACAAACCCACAAACCACAAGGUAUCCUUGGAGGAACCUUCCUGGUGUCCUCUAAAAACUAGAGUUUUCUUCUUCACAUGUCCAGAACAACUAAAGGGCUAGAUCCAGUGGAAGAGUAUUUGCAUCUAUAAUUGUAUACAUGACCCAAAUCUAGGAUUUCAGUCCUACAAGAUACGAUUUGAUAGUGGAUCAGUCCCAGUGUUUAUUCAAGCUCCUGAAACCAAAAGUUUCCCAAAGGACACUGAAAGAAAAGGGAUUGAGAGAGGGAGGUGGAGUAGAAAGGGAAGUGAAUAUGUAGAAGGCCAACGCACUUCAGGAAACUCCAGUUAGUGAUAAAUAACUUUUCUAGUUUAGAGUGUUUACAUACGUGAAUAUUCAAGCAGAAGUUUCCUACCCAGCCAGUUACCUGCAUAUGGGUUUUUUUUGUAAGCAGUGAGUUCAGGAGACCCUGGUAAAUAUGGCGUUCUCGAAGGAUACCCUUGAGGUUGUAUAACAUUUGGCUAUAAAUAUAGUUCCAGAUAUUUACUUUGCAAACACCAGGGACGGAGACAUUUCUUGGCAAGACUGUGGGUGGUGAGUUCUAUUGAAGCACAUUCUAAUGACGGAGCACACAUCAUAACAAAUCUUUAUUAAACUGAUUAGUGAGGUAUCUGAUCCCUGUGUGAAUAAGUCUAGGCCUUUGUAGCUUUUAGUUUCAGCAGUCUUGGAUUUAUGUUAAACGUUUGGGGACAGUGAAGAAACAGAGAUUCUCUUCCUUCCCUUUCCUUUACAUCCAGUGUUACAAACAGCUGGCAGCAAGGUUGCUGUAGUUCUUAAUAUAUGAGAUUUAGGGAAGAAAAUAGGUAAAUUCAUUUUUGGGUUAAACUAAUCUCAGAAAACACUUUGGGAGGAAACUUGAUACGGAUUUGUAAAGACAAUUAUUUUAGCAAGAAUGUUUUGUAGGAAGAAUCAGCUUUGGUGCCUUGGCAGAUAUUCUUGCAGAAUGGAAGACAAAAGGUAAGUGUAGCAGUAAAAAAGUCACCAGAGACUUGAACUAGGGUCCUACAAAAAUCAUAAAUACCAAAUUCAAUUCCUAUAGUGGAAUAGGGUACCUCAUUACUGAGAACAACUUGUCCAGUACCUUAAGAAAUUUAAGGACAGUUAGUUGUGAACACAUGCAAGCUCUUCCUAUUGUCUCACAGAAGGCAUGAAUGCCACCUGAAGCUGUAUAUGUAUUUAUGCUUUUCUAUGUGCUGUGGCUUCUCUGCAGACAUCCAGUGCAGCACUUUGGUGGUUAAUGAGUAGGAAAAAAACAGGGUACGUUCGUAGAUAAUUCAGGAUACAGGAAGGACUGAUGCUAUCUGUGAAUUGAACUGAACUGAAAAGAUCUCCCUGGUACCUUAGCAUAAAUGUUGGCUGGGUGAGCCUUAGGUGGACUAAAAGAGAGGGCAGGCAUUUUGUACUACCAAAUACUCCCAAGUGACUGAGAUGGAUGCCCGAGGUAUGUGUAUGAAACACACUUAGUAACUGCAGUCUGAGGUCCUGUUCCAUUUUGCUAAGUAAAUAUGCCUUCCCUCAGUUGAGGAGAAACUGUAUCAGAGGACCAACUCUAUACUAUGUAAGUGUACUGUGAAAGUGGGCCAACUCUACCUGAACAGAUCUUGUCCACCAAGCCUGUUGUGAAAUAUUGCAGGCAAUUAUCAAAAUGGCACAGAGUCUGCUGUUAAAGAUCAUUUUGUGGAGAGACAGUCUUGUAUUAAUUGAAAAAUAGUUCUAAUACCCUAGGUAUGCUAAAUUAAACGUGGUCACGGAAACUAAUGUGUGCCUAACUUUUAGAAGGGGAGAGGAAGCGUAUGCCAGCCUUUCUGAUUAUUGAAUGAGCACUGUCCCCAGCAAGAUAUAACUGGAGUGUGAACAAGGGAUCUGAGAAUACCUAAUGGUAUUGAAGUCAAAAAAGUCCAUUUCAUGAUUUUCCUAGUUACAGGUAAUUGAAGUACAUUGGGAAUAUCUGAUCUUUCAUCAACAUAAAAAAGUAACUCAGACUAUUCCAUGACAAUAAUUAUCGUGUUCAGAAAAUAAAUCUAACACUUGAUACAACAAUUCUGAAGUUGGUUGAAUCCUGUUUAAUGGGAUGUGGUAUGCAGGUGUGGUGUCUGUGAUAUUUUACAGAUACUGUGAAUGCAUGAGACAAAAAAGCUCUCAAUAUGCCACAUGACAACCCGAUCACCUGAAGGCUGACUUAUUUUUGUUUGAAGUCCAACAGCCUUACUAUGUUAGCAUUUAUGAGCCAAAAGUAUAGAAGUAAUGUGUCUCUCCCAGCUGUUCUGGGCAGAAUGAAGGAUAAAGUGGCAUCCCCUUGUACAUUUUGUGUUAUAACAUUGGAACACAGAAUUCUGGAAACCUCAAGUAGUCAAUGAAAAGCUGAAAGGAUGACUGCUUAAGGAGCUCACAAUCUGCAGACAAACCUAUACUUCUUGCAGGGGUAGUAUGGCAUGAGAAUUUAUGCAGGUGCAUGUCAGGCAAUAUCUCCCUGCAGUGGAGGGAUAGGAGUCCAAUUAUAUGAUGAGAUUUUGUAUGAUCUAAAUUUUUUUCUGAUGGAUAAAUGCUAAAGUAGUAAUGAAGUUCUAAUAUCACCUUUGAGACUCCUACGGAUUCAAUGGCUAUGGAACACAAUUUGUAUGCUUCUAUCCUUAACCAUAUGGAGCCGAAGAAUAAAAAGUAAUAUUUAAGGAAUCAA